CCAUACUGACCCGGGAGACAGAGUAGAGGGUACCAGCUUCACUUCAAAACAUUAACAUGAAUUUUUAAUAGUCAGGAAGAAACACUCACACAACAAGGACGAACACCAACCUGCGAAUAUGACAAAUGUGUACUCUUUCGACGGCAUCCUGGUGUUUGGGCUGCUUUUCAUUUGCACAUGUGCAUACUUCAAAAAGGUGCCUCGCCUUAACAGCUGGCUACUCUCUGAAAAGAAAGGAAUAUGGGGGGUCUUCUAUAAAGCUGCAGUGAUUGGGACACGACUUCACAUUGCUGUGGCAAUAUCCUGCUUGGUGAUGGCUUUCUAUUUGGUCUUCUUAAAAUGAGAGCGUCAGCCUGGGCAGGACUGGAUGGUUAUAAGCUGGGGAUGGACUUUUCUGAAUGGUCAUGGACUAAAUCUCACUAUGGACACCACUUGAUAAUGUGACCAAGGAAGCCCCACUGCCCGCUGGACCUAUUCGAAAGACAUGACAGUGCUGUCCCCUUUUGGUGACUGGGUUUAUGACUUCUCUUCUCCCAUGUCGGUGCACAUUGGACAUGAAAUUCAUAAUGAAUUUGCCCAACAGAUAAGAUUAAAGAGAAGGGCCCGAUCACACUAUGAUUUUAAGAUUUUGUCGGUUGGAUAGUCAACAUUUCAUUUCUUUCCUGUCUAGUUAUUUUUGGAGGGCAUAAAACAUGCAAAGGAAAAGUCUUACUGGGGUCAAAAUCUGUGGUAACACUUUAUUUGAAGGGGUGUGCAUAAGACUGACAUGACAUCUGUCAUGAACAUGAAGGACUCUACGAAUGUUUGACCAUUGUCAUUAAGUGUCAUUCGGUCAAUUAGUUCAUUUUUAUUGCAAAGUUGACAUCGUUUGAGAUGUGUGUUUUUGAGCUACAGACACAAAAUUUAUCAAAUUGAGCAGCUCGGUCUCACUCACUAUAACAAAGACAUCUCAAACAAUGUCAACUUUGCAUUAAAAAUGACAUAAUUGACCGAAUUAAUGAAAACAGUCAUAAACAUUAAUAAAGAUUCCUUCGUGUUCAUCACAGGUGUUAUGCCAUGGUUAUGACAAUGUCAUGUCAGUCUUAUGCACACCCCUUCAUAUGAAGUGUGACCAAAUUGGCAUACUACCUUAAUCCUGUAUAGAAACUAAGAGCAACAUCACUGUAUAUAUUUGAAAGGUGUGACCAACAGAGAUUUACCAGAGUUUAAGUGUGAUUAGAUUAAAUAUGGUCAAUACUGCUUGGUCCCAGCUAUGCUUUUUUCCUGUAUCAAUCCCUUCAGUUGAGGAGGAAAAAGAAACAAAGCUAAUAUAUAAAAGUUUUCUUGUCUACA